AUUCUGGUGACGCGGCUGAGGGGCAAGAUCAGAUUGCGGCCUUUCCGAAUCUCCUUGUGUGUCGCGCUGCUUUUGCUGUGUGAAGAGAACCAGGUGCAGAGAGAAUGGCGGAGAUCGAUCAGCAAGAUUCCCAGGACGCUCUGAACAGCAGUGAUAGCCUGUGUGAGGACGCAAGUUUUGCGGAGGAAUCAAACGGUGUCAAAAAAGGAAGGCCAUUAUACAUCAAGAAACGCAGGACACGGAGGGGCCGUGGGAGGAAAACCCAGGCUCAUACUCUAGCAAACAUGGAGGCACCGCAGAGAAGCAAUCUGCCGAGCUAUGCCUCAGGGAAAGGUUCUCUUCUCUCCAUACAUGUAGGUGACAGUGAAGACCAGGUUAAAGAAGAAAAGACUUCAUUAAAGGAGAAAGCUGCUGGAAAUAGGAAGAUAAAUAGGUUCCAUCCAUAUGGAAAAGAUAAAGGUUCGGGAGAAAAGAAGGGUCAGAGUCGCAACAGAGUUUUUAUUAGUAAUAUUCCCUAUGACAUGAAGUGGCAAGCUAUUAAAGACCUUAUGAGGGACAAAGUUGGUGAGGUUACAUACGUGGAGCUCUUUAAGGAUGCUGAAGGAAAAUCAAGGGGUAACGGAGUUGUAGAAUUUAGAGAUAUGGAGUAUGUAACAAAAGCUGUAGAAGUGAUGAACAAGCAAGAUUUAAAUGGUAGACCACUUAACAUCAAAGCAGAUCCUGAUGGAGAGCAUGCUAGAAGAGCUCUGCAGCGUGGUGGUAGUGGAGGAGGACCAUUCCCAGGGGGUCAUGGUUCAGACAUGGGUCCAGGAAUGAUGAAUAUCCCACCCUCAAUUAUGAAUAAUCCCAACAUACCACCAGAGAUAAUCGGCGCUCUAAGAGCUGGGCGACUGGGAACAACAAUAUUUGUAGCAAAUCUUGAUUUCAAAGUCGGUUGGAAGAAACUGAAGGAGGUUUUCUGCAUCUCAGGAACUGUAAAGCGAGCAGACAUAAAGGAAGAUAAAGAUGGAAAGAGCCGUGGAAUGGGAACAGUCACCUUUGAACAACCAAUUGAAGCUGUGCAAGCUAUUUCUAUGUUCAAUGGGCAGUUUUUGUUUGACAGGCCUAUGCAUGUAAAAAUGGAUGACAAAUCACUCCCGCAUGAUGAUUUUAUAGACAAAACACCUCAGUUGCCACGUGGGCUGGGUGGCAUUGGAAUGGGGCUUGGACCUGGUGGACAGCCAAUUGCUGCUAACCAAAUGAGCAUGGGAAGUGGAAUGGGAAAUAUGGGUCCUGGAGGUAUGGGUAUGGAAGGUCCUGGUUUUGGAUCAAUGAACAGAAUGGGAGGAAGUGGAUAUGGCACCAGCAUGGAAAGCAUUAAUAGCAUGUCUGGAUUUAGUGGAAUGAACAGAAUGACAGGACUAGGUGGCGUGGAUGAAUUCAGAGGGAGUUUGGGUGCUGGCAUAAGUGGAAGCAUGGGUGGAAUUGGAACUAGCAUGGGUGGAAUUGGAACUAGCAUGGGUGGAAUGGGAACUGGCAUGGGUGGCAUGUCAAGCGGAAUGGGAGAUAUGUUCCGGGGAGGAAUGGGCAGUGGCAUCGAUCGAGACUUUGGUCGCAGUGAAAUUGGUUUAAAUCGUGGGUUUGGAGAUUCUUUCGGAGGAAUGAGUGGUGCCAUGGUUGGAGGCUUUGGUGGAAUGGGUUCUUCUGCAAUGGGUCCUCUGGGCUCUGGAAUGAACAGUGGAAUGAGCUCCGUGAAUUCAAUGGCAAUGGGACUUGGUAUGGACCGAAUGAGCAGUAGCUUUGAUAGACUGGGUGGUCUGGACAGGACUAUGGAUAUGGACCGAGGAUUUGGAGGAUAUGGAUCUGCUCAGUUGGGUGGUGGUUCCAGAGAUAGAGGAAUGUCUAAAGGAUGCCAAAUAUUUGUAAGAAAUCUGCCCUUUGACUUAACCUGGCAAAAACUGAAAGAGAAAUUUAAUCAGUGUGGUCGAGUUAUGUUUGCUGAAAUCAAAAUGGAAAACGGAAAGUCCAAAGGCUGUGGAACAGUAAGGUUUGACUGUCCAGAAACCGCAGAAAAGGCAUGCAGACUAAUGAAUGGCAUGAAAAUAAAUGGCAGAGAGAUCGAUGUCCGUUUAGACCGCAACGCAUAAUUUUGUUCCCCACCGAAACAUUCCCACAUUUAUUUACUUUUGGUAAUAAAAUAGUAACCAUGAAUUCUCAUUAGCUGGAAAGGUUGUAUUUAGUCUUAAAACUUUAACAGUUUGGUGUUACCUGUUUUAGUUAUGUAUAACUUGCAUUUGUUUUGUUUUUUUAAACACCACAUCUACAGUCAUUCAGUUUAAAUGAAUGGACAUUAUGUUUUUAAUAGUCACUUUUCCACAGCUAGUUUAACAGUCUGCAUUGUGGAGGUAUUUCAGUGCUGUAUUUAUGUAUUAAGCUAUGUCCACCAUUCCAUAAGAGCAAAUAAAUUUGUAGUCUGACCGGUUGCACAGAAUUUAAAAAA